CUGGAUUCGAGGCUGGCAACGCCGUGCAAAAUACGACCAGACGCUGCUUUUUUCGGUUUCCGAAAAUAAUUGAAAAUUAUCACUAAAUAAACAGGCGGCUAAAAUAAUUGCAGUUUGACCGCGUCGCAGAGGCAAGCGGGUGGAUAAGUUAAACAUUUUGGCCACAGCAACACCACAGUAAAGCCGCCAGCAUGGCCGAGUACUUGGCAUCCAUUUUUGGCACGGAAAAGGACAAGGUGAACUGUUCGUUCUACUUCAAGAUCGGAGCCUGCCGCCACGGCGACCGGUGCUCUCGCAUCCACAACAAACCCACUUUCUCGCAGACGGUGCUUCUCCAAAAUCUAUACGUGAACCCGCAAAACUCGGCCAAAUCCGCGGAUGGCUCCCAUCUGGUGGCCAACGUCUCAGACGAGGAGAUGCAAGAACACUACGACAAUUUUUUCGAGGACGUGUUCGUAGAGUGCGAGGACAAGUACGGGGAAAUCGAGGAGAUGAACGUGUGCGACAACCUAGGCGACCAUCUGGUCGGCAACGUGUACAUCAAAUUCCGCAACGAAGCUGAUGCGGAAAAGGCGGCAAAUGAUUUGAACAACCGGUGGUUCGGUGGUCGACCGGUGUACUCGGAACUAUCGCCGGUCACCGACUUCCGCGAGGCUUGCUGUCGGCAGUACGAGAUGGGCGAAUGUACCCGCUCCGGCUUCUGCAACUUCAUGCACUUGAAGCCCAUCUCGCGUGAGCUGCGAAGGUACCUCUACUCCCGCCGCCGUCGUGCCCGCUCCCGUUCCCGAUCCCCUGGACGCCGUCGCGGCUCCCGCAGCAGGUCCCGAUCCCCGGGUCGAAGAGGAGGCGGCAGAGGCGACGGUGUCGGCGGAGGCAACUACUUGAACAACGAGCGGGACAACAUGCGUGGCAACGAUCGCGGUAAUGAUCGCGAUCGCCGCAAAGGUGGUGGCGGAGGAGGCGGUGGUGGUGGACGGUAUUAAAUAUUCUGGACAUUUUUUCUGUACGGUGGCAAUUCGAGAGAGAAAGCAACGGACAAGCAGUAAAGCAAAGCAUCGUGUAUUUUAGUCUCUGCGUUGGUUUUCCACGUUUUUAUAUCACUUUUGAGUAGACGAGAUGAGGAGGAGGAGGAAGGAAAAUGACGAUGGGGAGUUCCACCACCACCUAUGUACAAACCCCCGCGAAAUAUUUUACCGAGCGCCCAUUAGAAUUGUAAUUUACUAUACAUACAUUCAUAAUAAUAAAAUUGAGUAAUACUAUA